AACGCGAGACAACUGUUUCAAUUAGCCGAAGACUUCACUAUACGUGUUCACGCCACCAGAGGGCGCGUUUAGGUUACCGGCAACGUGGUUUUAGCCUGAGUCGUACCAAACUUCAUACAGAGAGUCGAUCUGACUAAUGGAGUCAGGAAAGAGUGUGCUAUUUCACGGGACAGUUUGUGUAUCUGGCAACAUACGUGAUUGAUUUACGGAUUAGUCUUUCACAUGUACAUGCGACUUUACAGGAAUGAUAUUUCACCAAUGUGUUUGAUGUUUGUACCGAUUUCCAAAGCUAAACUAUUUUAAGGACCAGAUAUAUGUUAGUGUAAACAAAUUGAUGUGUAUUUAAGGAAUUAGACCACAAUGAUUUAUGAGCAGACUCGACAGGGAUAUAUUUGUGACCUGGUUAAAGCUGAUUUUGUUUGAACCAGAACACGAUUAAAGAUUUAAGUAUGACAGAGCGGGGCGUAAGGGCGCCUCGGCCCUGGAAUACCCGUCUGUAUCAUAGCAACCUCAGCAUCCCAAAAUCUCUCACUCAAUAUGACUUUAUCUCCUCGUCAAAGAAGAGUUCCUCCAUGGACGCUCUCCAUCGUUUGAAAACUACGUUUCCUACACAACGACAACGAAGAGACCGACACCGGAAGGGAUUGAUCAAACAAGAGGACGGAAACCGACUUCCGCUUAUUUUACCAAAAUUGGAACCAGAUAUAGAUAUAGAUUUAGAUGUAACUGCACGAGAUGCUAGUGCUAAGGUAAAUGAAGUGUCAAUGUCAGACAAAAGUGAGGAUGAACAUAUGAGUUACGAUGAAGAAGUUGCUAACGACGCUGACAGCGAGGGCUCCGAUGAUUAUUUCAACUUUGAUGAUGACACGGCCACAGCUCGGUCAAAAUUGGAAAAAAUCGGGGAGUUCGAAAUGGAACAUAACUGGUUGUUACAGGAAGACUUGCAGCGUAAACGCGAUGAGUUUAAUACACAAUCCAAAAAGUUACGUGUUUCUCUUCCAGAGGAAGAUCCGGUGGAAAUGAUGGAGAACAGGAUGGAGGAGGUCCGCGGAAUGAUGAGACCAAAGGCGGAGUUGGGCCACUUUCUGGAAAAAAUCGACCCAGCGCAAAGGGCGACGAUCAUGAAAGUAGCCCAGAUGGACGUAGGGGCAAUAAAGAAACAACGCUUCAAACGAGGAAUGAAGGCUAUUGAGAAGUUUAAACAUGCUGUAGAAUUGGUACUGAUACUGGCGCGGGCAUGUAUUUCAAGGCGGAAGUACUACAAGGAAGUGAAGCCCGACACAGCCCUUGCUGUCAAACGCCUGAAACAAAAGGGGAACAGGGAGGAUAAGGAUACUUCCCGAUCUAGUCUUGCCUUUGAUAUGCAAUUAGCAUUUUCAACGGAGCCCAACUACCGAAGUAAAAGUGAUAUUAAAAAGAUCAUUUGGGUUCUAAGAGCAACGAAGGCAUUUAAACAACUGUUCCCAGUGGAAGUGGAGGCCGACUUAGCGAGAUGUGUUGCGUAUGAGAGGUAUGAUUCCAACAGGAUCAUAGCGCUACAAGAACGAGAUCCUGAGAGAUUUUACUAUAUCAUGUCGGGCAAAGUGCAAAAGGUACAGGAGUAUCGUCUCAGUUCUGGUCUGGUGACCAGGUCUGAAGGUUACAUUGAGAAGGGCACAACUACUGAUGCACACGAGCUUGAGAUGUCCUGGCAGAGAGAACAUCACCUAGUGUCACGGGGACAGGUGGAGGUUCUCAUCAUACAUAGAGAUGACUUUUUACGGUUACGAAACAGAACAUUAGGACCGCCAAUAGACUUUUUAAGAAAAUUAGAUUUAUUUCUGGAAUUUCCAUGUGAUGUAUUCAAGACAAGUCCAGAUUCAAUACACCUCAAAUACUAUGGCCAGGAUGUGACAAUCGUCGAGGACACUAAUAGAACACCGUGGAUUCACAUAGUGAAAUCUGGGCGAGUAAGAGUUGUUCGAAUUCAAAGCGUCAUCGAUGUAGAGACGGACCGUAAGUUCAUGUCACAGAGUAUGGAGGAACUGGGGUGUGGCCGAUCCUUUAGCCAUGCACAAGCAAUGAUUGGAAGUCUGAUGUCACAGAGGAAAAUGAAAGCUCUCAGCGGCAGUAAUUUGUCACUUCCAGAGAUCAACACCCCUGAAGUGUCCAACCCGUUCGUUUCAAGUAUGGGUUUUAGUAGGAGUUCUAGUAAUUCUCACGGCAGAAAGAACAGCACCUUUGCCGAGGGCAUGGGUAUUCUUUCCAACGUAAGAGGUCACAAGAUAACGAAACGUCACAAGCCUAGUGUUUCGACAGUUCCUUUGCAAUCGCCAAUGGAACAGGAUGAACUUAAAACCGAGACCAUUGAGAAUGCGGCAACAGGGAGACAACUUUCGAACAAGCGGAAAGCUAAAUACGUCAAACCUCCUAUUGUAGUUGAACAAGGGGUAGACAACCCAUCCAGCGGUAGGGGAUCUCGGGCGGACAUCACACCCGAUACUGAGCUUCCAGACAUACUGAUUACAAAUGGACAUGACUCACCUAUAAAGAAGAGUGACAAGAGAACAUCCUUUCCUCCGAUAUCGAACUCUACAGAGCGUCCCCAUACUAACGGCGAGCUCCAUCCUCACGGUACCUACCUGACAAGGGAGAUGACCGAGUUUGAUCCCGUAUAUGCAAGAAAAGCCACAAAGGAAAUCAAACUUCGACCUGCGUAUCUACAGUUGGAUGUACUUAAUCCAGGCGAUAUUUUUGGGUUGGACGCUAUUUCUAAGAAAUUCCACAGUCAACUUAGGCGGCCGGGUGAACAGGGACUAGAACACCUACAGCCACCAACCGCCUCGGAGGCCAAGGGAGUCAUACUAGUUAGUGAUGGCGCUGAAGUGAUAGAGAUCAGUAAAAGAUUUUUCUUGGAACAUGCGCAAAAUAAUACGAUGCUGCGUGUGGAAACAAUGCAACGAGAAUACAUGAACAAUGACGAAGCAAAAGAUAUUCUAUACACCAAAGAGACCUGGGACCAGUACAAAAGUGUGCUCAUGAGAAGACUCGUGCGAAAGAAAGUGACAAAACCAACGAAAAAGUCGUGAUGGCAGUUAAAAACAAUUAUCAGAUACUUACCAUAUCGAUUAUCAAUGGGAUUGUUAACAUAUUCAAGUUGUUUAUUACAUUCUCAGCAGCUCGUUUAUAAACUAUUUGUAACUCUAUAAAACAAUAACAUCGAAAUAUCUUUUUUUUUUAUAUCUCGAAAUUAACGAAUGUAUUGGUUAUUAAGUAUACAAGCGUAAUCCAAUCAGAAAUAUACUGCAAACAAAUUUAUUUUCGUGGCUAUUGCUUUUCGGGAUUAUACUCUCUGAGCGAAAUGAACGAUUGUUUUUUGGUUUUCACUUGAAAGGUUAUCUAGCAUACACGUUCCAAAUAUGUGAACAUCGCGAACAUAGAUUCCUCGUGAAUAUUUGUUGUUUAACAGUUUGAUAUUUUAAAAUUGCAUAUAAUCAUAAUCAUCUAUCAAAUCAACAUAAUGAGGUGAUAUCGGUGCUGCCAGUAGACAGAAUAUAUAGAUUAACUUGUUUGAUUGAGUGUUUAGGGGAAGAGUUGUACGUAUAGGUAGUUCUUAACAUAUUUUUUUUUAUUUAUUUAUUUCACAUCAAUUAUGCAUAGCAUAUAUAUAAUAAUAUACAGGUGCUCUUAAAACAUUUAACGACAUUAUAGGUAUAUAGAAUGUUAGUAUUCAAAAGGAUUUCGUCGUAGGCUAAGCGUUUACCAAGUCAUAUUAUUUCAGACUUGUCGAAUAUUGAUACUUGCUCAAUAUCAGCACGUUAUAAAAAGUAGUGAAAUGAAUUUAAUGCUACAAAAGUUUAUGUGUCCAAAUUAGGUAUUACAGCAUACAUUCCAUUAUGCAUCGUUUUCGAAACUUUAUGUGUAGAAUAAUCUUGCGUUACCCAGAGCAGUUAAUAUAUAUGCAGUUUGAAAGGCAUUCCUGGGUAAUUUCGUAUUGGUUGUGUGAGAAAAUCGCAGUUACUAUUAAUUUUAAUCAUUUUGCUGUCGUCCUAAUUAUUGAAUAUUAAUCACAUACUGCAUUUCUUUUUAUAGAUUUCCAACUUAUUUUGUCAGUUACGUUUUAUUUAUAUGUAUGUUGUUUUGUUUAUGAACGUUGAUGUUUGUUUCUGUGUUGAACUUUAAAAGUUUGCUCUGCCAGCACCCUUUGAUCCGUCCAUUGAUUGUAUACGUAUACCGCCAGUGAAUGUGUCGCACACGAAUACAGUGCUAUUUUUACAAAUCAAA